CAUGCAUGUCUAUGACCCGUUCACCAUAGUCCCGCGCAUGCACUAAUCAAUCGAGCAAUGGAAAUCACGAGCAGCAUGAUGGUGAAGCCGGUGCCGCACCCGCUCGUCGGCGAGAAGGUGGCACUGACCAUCUUCGACCGCGCUGCGGCGGACGUCUUCGUCCCCACCGUGUUCGCCUACCUUGCGCCGGCGCCGUCGAACGAGGCGCUCAAGGAAGGCCUUCUCAAGGCCGUCGCGCCGUACCCCCACCUGGCGGGGCGCCUCACGGUCGACCAGCUCGGCCGGCGCUUCCUCCACGUCAACAAUGAGGGCGUGAUCCUGAUUGAGACCACGGUACAAGCUAACCUGGCGGACGUGCUCGUCGAAGGCCGGAUGCUCACCAGAGUCGACCACCUCUACCCUACAAUACCACAACGAGAGGAGAAGAUUGGAGCGGCGCUGCUGCAGAUCCAGCUGAACAGGUACAAGUGCGGUGGUCUCGUGGUCGGGAUAUGCUCCCACCACCAUACCGCCGACGGUCACUCCAUGAGCAUGUUCUUCACCGCGUGGGCGACAGCGGUCCGAGAGGGUGAGGACUUCACCAUGCCAACCCCAUUCCUCGACCGCGCGAAAACCGUCGUGCCGAGGAGCACGCCGACGCCGGUGUUCGACCACCGGUCACUGGAGUUCACGCAUGGGGACGGUGCUGCAGAAUACGCCGUCAUUCCCAUGGACAGGAUCCAAAAUCUCAGGAUGCAUUUCACGGCCGAGUUCGUCGCCGAUCUCAAAGCCCGUGUGGGCGCCCGCUGCAGCACGUUCCAGUGCCUGCUCGCGCACGUCUGGAAGAAGAUCACCGCGGCACGGUGCCUGAAACCGGAGGAGUUCACCAAGGUGAGGGUGGCCGUGAACUGCAGGGGUAGGGCCGACCCUCCUGUGCCGAUGAACUUCUUCGGCAACAUGGUUUUGUGGGCAUUCCCAAGGCUUCAGGUCCGGGACGUGUUGAACUCGAGCUACGGCAGCGUGGUCGACACCAUCCGCGACGCCGUGGCAUGCAUCGACAGGGAGUACGUGCAGUCCUUCGUGGACUUUGGCGGAGUGGCUGACGCGAACGGGAAGGAGCUUAUCACGACGGCGGCCCCUGCCGGCUCGAUGUUCUCCCCGGACGCAGAGGUGGACAGUUGGCUGGGGUUCCGUUUCCAUCAGCUCGACUUUGGCACCGGCGCGCCUGCUGCUCUGCUGCUGCCGGACUUGCCCGUCGAGGGGCUCAUGCUCUUCGUGCCGUCAGGAAAGGCGAACGGCGGCAUCGACCUCUUCAUGGCCAUCGCGGAGGAACACCUCACCGUGUUUAAGCAGAUCUGUUACUCCUUGGAUUGAUUGACCCAGCCACGACAUGUCUCGUGAAGCGGGUUUAGACCUCGCUUUAUAAAUAACUAGAAAAAUUGCAAGGGCGUUGCAAUGGGAGAAAAAUUGACCGGCACUCCUUACUCAAUCACUAUGGUUCUCUAAAAAACCAAUAACUAUGGUCAAUUAUCCCUGACAUGAAGAAUAAUUGUUGUUUCAAGCAUACCUUCUUUGCAAAAAGUGUAAUAAAUGAAUGUUUCCUUCUUGGAUACUUCCAGUUGACAAAACUUCAAUGAAUUUAUGUAUAAGGUGUUCUA